AUGUCGGCCCUCACACACUUUGACGCCCUGCCGCUGCAGAUGGACGCGCAGUCCAAGGCCAUCACGUCAGCGAGCUCGAACCGCGCGCUGACGACGGAGCUCGAGGCGCUGAACACGCUGCACCGGACGCUGCUGGGCCUCGAGACGCCGCACGGCAUCCCGCCGCCGCCGGUGCCCGUGAACCCGAAGCGCAGCGCCGGCGUGGCCAAGCUGCGCGACAGCGGCAACGGCGAGUUCCGCAAGGGCAAGUUCCCCGAGGCCAUCAAGUUCUACACGCUCGGCAUCCAGAUGGCGCUGCAGCGGCCGCCGUGGGAGCCCAACCAGCUCGUGCGCGAGGAGGUCGCCGGGCUCUACGCCAACCGCGCGCAGGCGCACAUGGCGCUGACGCAGUGGGCCGAGGGCAGCGUCGACGCCGAGGCGAGCGUCGAGGCGCGCAAGGUCGGCAACGCCAAGGCCUGGUGGCGCCGCGGCCGCUGCCUGCAGGAGAUGGGCCGCCUCGAGGAGGCGCGCGAGUGGGUGCGCCGCGGCCUCGGCAUGGAGGGCGAGGAGGCCGAGCUCGUCGCGCUGCUGAGGGACAUCGAGACGCGCAUCGCCAAGGGCUCCAAGGCUUAG